GGAGAAAGGUAUUUUGGGGGUUGGGCCAUUGGACUGGUGGGGGGAAAAGGUGAUGAUCACGCCAACGUCCCAGUCGUCCACGCGUGAGCGAAGCUUUCAAAUUUCAAAACCCAAUGCAACAUUCAGCAAUGUUAUGCUUUGAUGAAGGGAGCAGUAAUUAGUGCUUCUGUCCAAGCUAUAGCUUCAUAAAUACAAACUUAGCGUUAGGUGACUUGUACAGUUAAAUUACAUUACAUAUAUUUAUAAGAAGAUCAGAACCUAGCUAGUAGUUGAAAACAAAUUUAAGGAGAGCCAGAGUUCCGUUGACUGACCAUAAUUAAGCCCUUCUUCCCAUCUUCGUAUAGAACACAAGCUGCCUCUCUUUCUCGAUAGUGUUGAGUUGAAACGUUGUUCCAUCGACAUGUCUAUCAUGGUGGAGGUUAGAGUUCCAAACUUGGAUUGUGAAGGAUGUGCUUCCAAGCUAAGAAAAGCUCUUUUCAAGCUCAAAGGAGUAGACGCUAUAGACAUCGAUAUGGAGACGCAGAAAGUCACGGCAAGAGGCUACGGAUUGGAAGAAAAGAAGGUGCUAAAGGCAAUAAAACGAGCAGGGAAAGCAGCAGAGCCAUGGCCAUAUCCGGUUGGCUACUCACAUUUUGCUUCAUUUUAUCAGUACCCAAAUCACAUUAUCAGCCAUUACUACGACACAUCCAGAAAUGUGGCAGCACCAAGUGUGCACACAUUUUUUCACACUCCUUCAGUUUACUCAGUUGCCGUAGCAUCAGAUGAAGCAGUUGCUUCUCUUUUCAGUGAUGAUAACCCACAUGCUUGCAGCAUCAUGUGAGAUUUUAUUAAUUUUUCAUCUCUUUCUGAAUUAAUUUGGAGUUAUAUCUCCUUAAUUUUUGUAUUUUAAUUUCAUUUUGUAACUUGUGUAAGUACGUUUUUUGGAUAAGACCAGUGUUAGUGCUUGAGCUUAUUAUUCUACUGUUUUAGA